UGUAAAAAUCAUUUUUUAAAAGCCCGAAACAAAAUCAAAGUCUAUGAAAAUGAAAACUAGAAACCCAUUACCGCUUCGUUGAUUACUCGCAAAAGCCAGCAGCGGGAUUUGAUAGAUUCACAGCCAAGGGGGUUGGAACAAUGAAGGGAAAAACUUUGCUGGAAGUAGGAGCUGAUGGCGUGGCUAUCAUCAUCAUCAACAACCCACCUCUUAAUUUGCUCUCUGCUGAUGUGUUAUUUAGCCUGAAGGAGAACAGUGAGCAGGCUCUGCUGAGAGAUGAUGUGAAAGCAAUAGUUAUUACUGGUUCAAAAGGGAAAUUCUCAGGAGGCUUUGAUGUCACAGCUUUUGGGAAAAAGGCAAAGAAUGGAAAGCUUGGCUUUUGGUCAAUUGAAUUUAUCACCGACAUUUUAGAAGCUGCCAGAAAACCCUUAGUAGCUGCUAUUGAUGGCCCUGCUUUAGGUGGGGGAUUGGAGAUUGCGCUGGCCUGCCAUGCACGCAUAUCAACCUCUUCUGCACAACUGGGUCUGCCUGAGCUUCGAUAUGGAAUUCUUCCAGGCUUUGGUGGGACACAGCGCCUGCCACGUCUAGUAGGCCUUCAUAAGGCUCUUGAAAUGAUCUUGAUGUCAAAAUUCGUGAAUGGAGACAAUGCUCACAGUUUGGGCCUUGUGGAUGCCCUUUCUUCAGCAGAUGAGUUGACUAAAAUUGCUCGUCUCUGGGCGAUAGACAUUCUCGAGUUUAGAAGACCAUGGGCUGUUAGUCUUCACCGAACGGAUCGAUUAGAGCCCUUGGCAGAGGCUAGGAUGAUCCUUAAGCAUGCCAGAAUUACGGCCAAAAAACAAGCUCCACAUCUCAAACACCCAUUGGUUUGCAUUGAUGUCAUUGAAGAAGGAUUAAUACAUGGUCCACGUGCUGCACUUUGGAAGGAGUCGGAGGCAUUACUUGAACUUCGACAAUCUGAUACUUGUAGGAGUUUAGUCUACUUCUUCUUUGCCCAGCAUAGAACGUCCAAGGUGCCCGGUAUAACUGAUAUGGGUUUAAUCCCGAGGAAAGUGAAUACAGUUGCUGUUGUUGGUGGAGGAUUAAUGGGUUCUUCAAUAGUAACUGCACUCGUGCUUAGUAAUUACACUGUCAUUUUGAAAGAAGUGAAUGAAAAGGCCCUACUGGCUGGAAUUGAAAGAGUCAAAGUAAAUUUGCAAGAUCAUGUCAAGAACGGAAAAUUGGCAGAAGCAAAGCUUAACAAAAACCUCUCUCUUUUUAAAGGUGUUCUCCAUUAUGAAGAUUUUAGGGAAGUGGAUAUGGUUAUUGAGGCUGUGAGUGAAAAUACUGAUUUAAAACUGGGAAUUUUUGCUGAGCUGGAAACUUAUUGCCCACCAUACUGCAUACUUGCUAGCAGUUCUUCCAUGGUAAACUUGAAUUUAAUUGGUGAAAGGACAAAAUCUCAAUAUCGUAUUGUCGGGACUCAUUUUUUCAGUCAAGCUCAUCUCAUGCCACUGCUGGAGAUAGUUCGAACAGAACAAACAUCUCCACAAGUCAUUGUUGACUUACUAGCUAUUGCAAAGAAGAUGAGGAAAAUCCCAGUAGUAGUCUGCAAUUACACUGGGUUUGCAAUUAACCGGAUGUUCUUUCCUUAUUCGCAAGCAGCUCUGAUGCUUGUUGAACAUGGUAUUGAUCUCUAUCAGAUUGACCAGGCAGCUACAGCAUUUGGAAUGACAAUGGGGCCAUUUAGAAUGAUUGAUUCUGUUGGUUUUGAGGUUGUAACUGCACUGAAUGUCCAAUUGGGCAAGAAUUUUGGAGAGAGAUACCGUGAAUCAAAGCUGAUUUCAGUUAUGCAAGAGGACAACCGAGCAGGUGAAACUACACGAAAAGGUUUCUACAUGUAUGAUAGCGGGUCCAAGUUUACCCCCGAUCCUGAUAUUAAGAAGUAUAUCAACAAGGCCAGUAGCAUCUCCAGUGAUAGUGUUGAUUAUGAGUUGAUAAAGUUGUCCGAUGAAGAGAUAGUUGAAAUGAUUCUCUUCCCUGUUGUCAAUGAGGCAUGCUGCCUUCUUGAGGACAGAAUUGUUGUCCAGGCAUCAGAUCUUGAUGUUGCUUCUGUUAUGGGCAUGGGGUUUCCAGAAUAUAGGGGAGGAAUCAUUUUUUGGGCUGAUACUCUUGGAUCAAAAUAUAUAUGUUCAAAAUUGGAGAAAUGGUCAAAGACUUAUGGAGCAUUCUUCAAUCCCUGUGCCUAUUUAGCAGAAAAAGCUUUGAAGAGAACGUCUCUGUUGAUUCUUUGGAGAACCCUCUGCAAGUUGCAUUGUGAUCAUGCAUUUAUGAGACCAAUUCUUUCGUGGCAUGGUUGAUUCACCUUUUUUCUUAAGGGGAGCGAGGGGCAAGCAAAGUCUCAACUAUAGGAUUAAUGUGGCUAUCUGCAACAUUAAAGAUAAUAUUCUGUAAUAUUCUAUAAUUAUGUAGUGAUACAUAAUAUUGUAAUUAGAAUAAUAUUUAAGAUUACAUCAUAAUUAUUCUUUCUUAAUUAGUGAGAGUCCUUCGUAUAUAAAUAAAAAUUUUAUGUACUCUUUAUACAAGUCAUAAUGUUAACAGUGUAGCUUUUUGAGCUUUUCUCAUUAAUGUAAGUCAUCAUGACUGAACUAUUUUUUUUUU